UCUCUCAGAGGAAGUGGGCGUCUCUGUCACAUUCAUCAGUUCAUGUUAAACAUGUAACCAGGAAAAAAACACUCAGAGCUCAUCUGAACACACAUCGAGAGCUUCAGAAGAACUGAAUCUACUGACAACAGAGAAGAUCAUUGAAUAAGAGAAGAAUGAAGAUCAUCUGGACUUUCACUCUGCUGAUGAUUCCUGGUGUUGUGAGCUCCAUCAGUGUGACAGGAUAUUCAGGAGGAGUCGUCAUCAUCACAUGGAGAUAUGAUAGAAAAUAUACAGCAAAUGCAAAGUAUUUUUGUAAAGGACAGAAGCCAAAAAUACCACAGACUAAAUGGUGCUCUGACCUCAUCAGGACUGAAGAGAAAGAGAAAUGGGUUUAUGAUAAAAGAUUCUCUCUGUAUGACGACACAAGUGCAGCAGUUUUCACUGUGACCAUCAGAGAUCUGAGUGAACAGGAUUCUGGGACGUACCAGUGUGCAUCUGAUAUCUCUUGGAUUGGAGAUUCCUACACUGAAGUGAAGUUGAAUGUUUUAACAGCUGAUUGUUGUGAGAAGAGCAUCAGUCUAUCAGCUGCUGCAGGAGGAUCUGUGAACAUCAGCUGCAAAUACCCACAAUCCCGCAGCGCUGAUGUCAAGUUUGUCUGCAGGAGAUCUGGAUCUGAUCUCUGUGCUGAAGAGACGUCUGUGAAGGAGAACAGAAGAUGGAGCGCUGAGGGACAGAUCCAGCUGUAUGAUGACAGAGAGCAGCAGCUCCUGACGGGAACCAUCAGUCAUGUGACUCAACAACAUUCAGCUGAAUACUGGUGUGGAGUUCAGUCUGAUCAAGGACACAAGAGCUUCAUCACACGAGUCCUCAUCAACUUUACUGAGGCAAACAGUCACAGAAUAUCUAUAUCAACAUCAUCAUUACCAUCAUCAUCAUCGUUUUCCUCAUCAGCUGAAUCUCCACUGAUCACAUCUUCAUCUCCUGUAACAGGCUCUUCUCUGAUCAUCAGUGUGUCUGUGCUUCUGCUUCUGAUCAUCACUGUGAUUCUGUUAGUGAUCGUGACUCUGUGGAGGAGGCUUGCUGGUUCCUCAUCCAAAACAUCUCACACGACACCAGCAAUCAGUGACGCGGUUUCUGAUUAUCAUUGUGAGUAUGAGGAGAUUGAAGUUUAUCACAGACAAUUACCCACAAACCCCUCUGAUUCUACCAAUACAGUCUAUGCUACUCCACAAUUACCCACAAACCCCUCUGAUUCUACCAAUUCAGUCUAUGCUACUCCAGAAUAACCCAUAAACCCCUCUGAAUCUUCUAACCAAGUUUACACUAUGCUUUAACAUCACAGACGUCCACGUCUCUCAGUCAUUAAUGUCUAUCAUUACAUGCAGUUAUGAGUCAGUGAUUACAGUAAACACAUGUAGUUAUUGACUCUUUCAGUUUAUUUCCCCAGUCAAAACCAGUGCACCUUUGUCAUUUU